CCGCGGCGGGGGGGGGCCGGGGGGGGCCGAGGCCUCGCCGGCCGCCGCGGUGCAGCUGGCCGCCCCCGCGCACCCCCGGGACCCCGGGGCCGGGGCAGCCGGGGCAGCCGGGGCGGCGGGGCGCGGGCGGGCGGGCGGCGCUCCGCGGCCCGUGACAGCCUCCCCGCGGGGUGCAGCGACCCGUGGCCCCUCGGCGCGGCGAGGAGGAAGAGGAGGGGACUGAUGAAGCGCGGAGCGCUGAGUUUCGGGCACUUGCGGAGCGAAGGCGUCUUCAAGUGCCCCGAGGACCAGCUGCCCCUGGACUACGCCAAGAUCUACCCGGACCCGGAGCUGGAGGCGCAGGUGCUGAGCCUGCCCAUCCGCUGCAUCCACAGCGAGGAGGGCUGCCGCUGGAGCGGCCUCAUCAAGCACCUGCAGGCCCACCUCGGCACCUGCGGCUUCAACGUGGUGCCCUGCCCCAACCGGUGCAGCGCCAAGCUGAGCCGCCGCGACCUGCCCGAGCACCUGCAGCACGGCUGCCCCAAGCGCAGGGUCAAGUGCGAGUUCUGCGCCAGCGACUUCACCGGCGAGGCCUUUGAGGGCCACCAGGGCACGUGUCCCCAGGAGAGCGUGUACUGCGAGAACAAGUGCGGGGCGCGCAUGAUGCGGCGCCUGCUGCCCCAGCACGCCCUGGCCGAGUGCCCCAAGCGCACCCAGCCCUGCGCCUACUGCGCCAAGGAGUUCGUCUUCGACACCAUCCAGAACCACCAGUACCAGUGUCCCCGGUACCCCGUGCCCUGCCCCAACCAGUGCGGGACGGCCAGCAUCGCCCGGGAGGACGUGCCCACCCACCUCAAGGAGAGCUGCAACACUGCCCUGCUGCUGUGCCCCUUCAAGGAGGCCGGCUGCAAGCACCGGUGCCCCAAGCUGGCCAUGGGCCGGCACCUGGAGGAGAGCACCAAGGCGCACCUGGGCAUGGUGUGCGCCCUGGUGAGCCGGCAGCGGCAGGAGAUCCUGGAGCUGCGGCGCGACGUGGAGGAGCUGUCGGUGAGCAGCGACGGGACGCUGGUCUGGAAGAUCGCCGACUACGCCCGCAAGCUGCAGGAGGCCAAAGCCCGCAGCAACUACGAGUUCUUCAGCCCCCCGUUCUACACCCACAAGUACGGCUACAAGCUCCAGGUCUCGGCCUUCCUCAACGGCAACGGGAGCGGCGAGAGCAGCCACCUCUCCGUCUACAUCCGCGUGCUGCCGGGCGAGUACGACAACCUGCUGGAGUGGCCCUUCUCCUACCGCGUCACCUUCUCGCUGCUGGACCAGAGCGACCCGUCGCUCUCCAAGCCCCAGCACAUCACCGAGACCUUCCACCCCGACCCCAACUGGAAGAACUUCCAGAAGCCGGGCGCCUCGCGCGGCUCCCUGGACGAGAGCACCCUGGGCUUCGGCUACCCCAAGUUCAUCUCCCACGAGGACAUCAAGAAGCGCAACUACGUGCGGGACAACGCCAUCUUCAUCAAAGCCUCCGUGGAGAUCCCCCAGAAGAUCCUCGCCUGAGAGGACGGGCGGGGGGCUCCCGCGGGGGGGACCCACAUGGUGCUGAGCCCCUGCCCGGCGCGGCGCCCGCGGGGCUCCCGGGGGCCGGGGACGCCGCCGUGGCUGGCAGCUCUCAGGAAGGUGGGGGCACUCCUGGGCCCCCCCCAUCCCCUCCCCGGGGGCUGGCCCCCCCCCCCCCCACUGCCUGGCCCCGGGGCGAGACCCCGUGGUGGCAGCCCCUUCUCAGGUGCCGGGGUGCCAGGGGGGCUGGGCCCCCCCACGCCCCUCGCCGCGAUGCCUGGCGGCCCCGGCCCCCCCGCCGGGCCCCGCCGCCCACAGCCAUAUUUUGUACCCUGGUGCCUCCCGGGAGCACGGUUGUUAUUUAUUGUCCCGGCGCGGGGACCCCUGCGGCCCCCCCCUCCUGCCUCUUUUUCAAUAAACUCCUCUCGUAUUUA